UUACCACUGCCACUUUAUCUUAUAGUACUGAGCAUAUACUGUUUCCUUGUGAGAGAGAGAGAGAAUGGAGGUGAAUCGACAUGGUCUCUUGGAGGAAUUGAUAGCUCCAUUAAACACAACCAAUGAGUUUUUCCCAAAUGGAUGGAUCUCUUCCAGCUUUGAAUCCUCAUUAUUAGCCGCUCAUCAAAAUCACCCACCUCCUUCAGAUUUUCUACUCUCCUCAAAUUCUUCCCUUGAAGACGACGACUCCACUACCUUUGCAUGCCCUUUGGCAGAUAUCUUCAAGAAACCUCGUACGCCGCCGCCUUUUCCCGUGGAAGAAGUUCAUGGCGGCGGCAGAGAACCCCGGCAGCUUCUUGUUACUGGGUUUGAAGCUGCUAAGGAAGAGAUGAAGAAGAAGAAGAAGAAGAAAGUAGAGGAGGGGCAACCUUCAAAGAAUCUAAUGGCGGAAAGGAGAAGAAGGAAGCGCCUUCACGACCGCCUUUCCAUGCUCAGAUCCAUCGUUCCCAAGAUCAGCAAGAUGGAUAGAACAUCUAUUGUUGCAGACGCCAUAGAUUACAUCAAAGAUCUCUUACAUAAAAUCAACCAACUCCGUCAAGUUAGGGAAAACCCAACCGGUUUAUUUAAGCCGCCGCCUGAUGAUGAAGUUACAAACCCUACUUCGUCUCCUAAGUUUGAUGUAGAAAGGAGACAUGAAGAUACAAGAAUAGAGAUAUGCUGUGCAACAAGGCCCGGACUGAUGCUGUCAACAGUUAGCACACUAGAAGCUAUAGGCCUUGACAUUCAACACUGUGUUAUCAGCUGUUUCACUACUGAUUUCUCCUUUCAAGCUUCUUGCACUGAGGCCAUGGAGCAUCCAACGGUUGUCCGUCGCCCCGAAGACAUAAAGCAAGUGUUAUUCAAGACUGCAGGCUAUGGAGGAAGAUGCUUAUAUGAGAAAUAAUAUAAUGUAUGUCUGUGGAGUAUUCAUAUUCUCAGAGAUCAGAGUUUUAAGAAGCAGUCUGUGCUUUACAAGAAGUUUUCGGAUUUUCAAAGAAUAAUUUCACUGUUUUUUAGCUACAUAUCAUGUUUGUUUCACUGAUUGAAUCUGCACACUUUAUGGUUGUAUUCAUUUCAAGAUUUCCCUAUAAUUCAACCGAGACUGAAAGUUUUGAAA